AUGGCCAUCACUACCUCGAUUCUUUUGUUAUGCUUCUGGAUUCGAGCCUCUGUGGCUGCAACGGCAGACUUGUCCAACCCGGCGGGAAUCGAGCUAGAUGUCGUUUUCCCACGCAACACAACGUACAACAACAUGACCACCCCGCCGAUUGUGUUCGCCCUGCAGAACGCCCCCACGGCUGUCUUCUUCGAGUACAGGUUAGACUGGAAACUGAAUAGCGACGAUGCCUACUUCUUCCUGGCCGGCAGCUUCGACGAAAUCAACUAUUUCAGCAAGUUUAACUAUACCACCGGCACCACCGCGCUUCUGGUAGAUUCGGCAUACUGGGACCAAAGGCUAGAUGCAGGCACUUACACUCUAUCCUGGACCUAUACCACAACCACUUGCGACGAUCAGGGCGACAGCACGCUCAUCCGGACUGGUGACGUAGCAUCAGGGGAACUUUACUUCACUGUUGUAAAUGAUGGAAGUGGCUCCAAGUUAUCAUUUAUGGGAUGUCCCGAAUACCUGGGCAAUAUCACGGCCAAAAAGACAUCGGACUCGUGUCCGUCUCUCAUACACAGGGGAGGAGAGCCGCAGCCGUGUAACGCGGAGUUGAACGAGAAGCAAGUCAAGUGUCUAGACACUUAUUUUGAGGGUCAGGCGGAUAUGGAUGCUUGCGAGGCUGGAUUCGAUGAUAUUAAGACAGGGGACAAGGUGGAAUGGAAAUAUGCAAAUCAAACACGGAAUGCGCACAGUCACACUUCGGACUCCAGUGUGAAUUCAUCUGGAAGCAGCAGCAAUAUUACCAACGCGGGGGAUACGAGUUCUUCAAGUCAGAAUCCCAGUGACGAUAGGGAAUCCACGAACGACUCGGGGGAUUUAGGGGACGUUUCACUCGGGAAUACCUACCGUCCACACUUGGGGCUUGCGGUUGUAGCUACAUUAGUGGUUGGAAUGCUUUUUUCAUGA